UUUGAGCAGUGUAGUAGCAACCUAGUGUUCACCCCAGUUGGCCCAGUUGCUCUCCACAUGUUGUUUCGUCUACCAUAGCCUCCCAACAACUCACCCAGCCGAACACCCGUCGCAAUGGCCUCCGACAACAUUGACUGGGACCUCGGCUAUGCCUCCGAAUCGCUGGACACCCACAUGAAAGGCACCGACGAACAUAAACUCUCAAAUAGGCUUUAUAAGACAGAGGAGGAAAUAGGCCGCUACAUCCUGGACGAGGGGCUCGAUGAAGUCAGCAGGGCAAUACAUCUCUUAAGACAGGGCGCACCGAUUCAGAAAUAUAGCGUCGCGGCGUCGUUGUGUCGGCUGUUGCAGGAUAGGGGUGCGGAAGCGAAGAGUAGGGUCGUGCCGGUACUGUUGAGCGCCGUAAAGCAAGACCCACCAGACCUGCAAAUCGCAUUCGGGCGUAGCCUCAUCCAAGUGAUUGACAAGGAACUGUUGACGAAAUCGGGCCUGCAGAAUGUAGCGGAUACUGCAAAGGCGCUGCUUGCGAAGAAUGAUGAGGAUGUGAGAGAGAUUUGGGCGGAUGUCUUGCUGGGCGCUAUCCGGUUUCUUCCGGCCGAGUUUGUUGAGAAGGAGAUUGUACCAGAAUUCUUGACGGAAACCGGUUUAGCUCAACCACCUCCAAAACGAUUAUGGGCCGCGCGGGUGCUGGGGGCCGCUGCGCCGAGAAUAGAAAGCAAACAAAUACAGCAAGCUCUCAUCCGUAAAGCGGCAUCGCUUUGCCAAGACACCGAUUACGAGGUUCGGGCGUGCAUGUGCAGGGAGCUGAACUCGAUUGCGAGAGCUGUGGGACACGAAUGCACUGUGCGGGAUUUGCUCACGGAGUAUGUCGAGUUGAUUAUGGACGAGGAGUCGGUCGUGCGGGAGUCGGCGAUAGAGAACAUCAUGAAUCUGAUGGAUUUCUUCGAGCCUGCCGUGAAAACCCAAACAAUCAUCCCAGUCUGGAAAAAGCUCUGCGAAGAGCAACCCACCCGCAUCCUCCCCUGCCUCGCCCGCCACCUCGGCCCCUUCCUCUGGGAAACCCGCCCGCAGCUCUCCGAUCAAGACCUCCGCUACUUCACCAACUUCUACCACUCCCUCUCCACCUCCCAAUACUCCGAAGACGACACCCGCGAGAUGUGCGCAUUCAAUUUUCCCGCUAUUGUUAAAUGCACGUGCGCGGGGUUUCUCGUUACGCAGAGCUAUGAGUCCCAUCGGCUUGAUAUCGUCUUUGACCGACUCACGCAGGAUCCGUCCCGACAUGUGCGCAGACGUUUGGCGGCGGGAUUGCACUCGGUCGCGGAGAUAAUGGGCUCGUUUGCGUGGACGCAUCUGAGGACGGGUUUGUUGAGGCUGUUCAGCGAUGCCGAGCUGGAUGUGUAUCGGAGUGUGUCGGAGCAUUUGGGGGAAACCUUGAAGGCUUUUGUCAAGGAUGAUUUAUGUCGACGGGACACGCAACUAGACGACAUCUUAUUUCAAAUCCUCCGCCGCGAACGCGAGUACGCGACGUAUGGAAGUCGCCACAACUGGCGGCUCCAUCAAUCCCUUUUGGAUCAGUUUUGUGUGUUCCCGGAUAUUUUCGGGCAGGAGCUGAUUCAUGGGCAUUGUGUGCCACUGAUGUUCAAGAUUUUGCAUGAGGUAUGAGGUCUGUCUUUGGCUUUUUUGAGUGGUGAGAUUUUUGAAAUGUUAUACUCCCUUGGGCGUUCCUCACUGUAGAAUGCGGUGUUGCCUGUGAAGGAGACCGCGUUGAAGUGCGUAUGCGUUUUCUUACGGCAUGCGCGGCGGUCGGAGCACCGGGAUCGGCUGCAUCGGCAUAUCUAUGAACUGAAAGACUCCAACGACUGCCACCACCGCCUCCUCUUCGUC